AUGGGGUGUGCAGCCUCAGCAGUGGUUGUGACCAGCAUGGCGGUCGGGACGACGCUCAUGGUGGAGAAGGAGAAGAAGAAGGAAGCGAACCCUGAUGAAGUCUUCGAGGACCACAACAAGACAGGACAACAUGAGCUCAAGUCGAGGAGAAAGUCGUCCUUCACUCUCAAAAUGGCGCGGCUGAGGAAAAUGAAAGACGCUCCAAAAGCAUGGCGAAGAUCUAUCUCUCGACUGAGCGUUGAGAACGGAACAUACUGGGACGAAGGAGCCCACCAGGACACAACAGUGGAAGAUGUGGACGAGAAGGAGGUCGUAGUGAACAUCAACAGCGAGGAUCCGUCGCAAGCGAUGUACGGAAGAGUCGAAAGUCAUGAACUCGUGCUGGGCGCUGUCGGGAAGGAGAUUCAGUAUCAAGUUACUCUAGAAAGUGGGGCGAGGCUGGUGUUCCCCGAGAAGAUCUUGAGAAGAAGACAGUCGGAAGUGAGCUUGCCGACCGAGCAGGAGCAGGAGCAGUCCCAGCCCCCGACUCCAUCGGCGGCUAAGAAAAGAUGGUUGAACAGGGCAAGAUCGAGUUUAGGAAACGUCUUGGCGGAUCUCUCCUCGGAGAUCACAAACUUGGCGAGCAGGCUGACUUCGGCAGGGAGCAAGGCUGCAGAAUCAAAGCCAGAGGAAGUAAAGAAAGACGACAGCAUGAAGAAAGAGGAGGAGGAGGAGGAGGAGGAGGAGGAGGAGGAGGAGGAGGAGGAGGAGAUCGCAAAGGCAAAACCAGCGACUGUCGAAAAGAAGAUUCCUUCACAGAGUGCUAGACACGAGCGGACGAUAACGUCAGACGACCUAAACGUCUCCCCUGAGAACAGCGAGGAUGAAGAGAUCGAGCUAGUCUACCAUCACAUCCAACCUACCGAGCAGAAGAUCACCAUCGACUACAAGACGGCGAGCGGCGCUUUGAGGAACAACAAGGUUGACUUCACUGCGUUCGAGAGGGCUGGUUCCAAGUAG